AUGCUUAACACCCCAGCAGCGAUCCUCGAGAAGAGCUCGGAUGAUGCUUCCCGAGAUCUGCAACUUCAAAGGCUGCAGCACUUCCUGGACACGGUUCUCUACAGUCUGGCUCCUGUCGGCGAAGAAGAGGCCAGUGUCGAACCCUACCGAGCAGUAAAGGCGCCAAAUGCCGGUGUGAUUCAGUCUGGUAUGUCGCAGAUGGACGCGAGACAAUUGCGUAUGGCUGCAAGACUUGCGGACUGA